GCCGUCACAACGUGCAGACUCAAAGAUCUCGCCGACAAAGAUGUUGCCGAAUACCUACUAUCGAAUCUGAUAUCUCUGUUUGGCAACGACGCGACAGCGGCUCGAUCUUUGUUUUAUGGAACGGCUAUUUUGAAUGCGGGAAGGUGGAAGAUAGCUGUUUCAACUUGGCUGAUAAUUUCUUCCAAGUCUUGACCAAGAAUGGGUACAACACCAAAGACAUCCAUCGAACAACUGAAAGGCUGAAAAAUAAAAUCUCCAGUUCUACAAAUAUGAGUGCAUCAAGUAAAAAAGAAGAAGAAGAUAAACAAGAUAAAAAAUGGACAAUCCUUCCGUAUCUUCAGGGUACAACAGAACGCAUUAGCAGGAUUCUGGGUAAACACAAUAUCAAAGUAAUUUCCAAACCUCAAAAUAAGAUUGCGCAACUACUUCCUAAUCCCAAGGACCGGAGACCACACUUAGAAACACCAGGUGUAUACAGGAUUCCUUGCUCCUGCGGAAAAGUGUACAUAGGCGAAACUGGGAGAAAGAUCAGUACACGAAUUAAGGAACACCAACGGAGUUCCAGGUACUGCCAUUUUAGUCAAUCAGCCUUGGCAGAACAUUGGAUGGUGACGGGACACUCAGUACAAUACGACAAAGCAACCAGACUAGCCCCCUCGCAAAGCUAUUUCGCCAGAAAACAUCCUGAAGCUCUAGAAAUUCUGAAACAUUCCGACAACCUCAACCGCGACAAAGGUUAUCAAACAAACCCUAUUUGGCACACUGCCCUUAAUAUACACACACACCACUAGGCGGCGUCAUUACGGAAUACUUUUCCGUAAAUGAAAAACCUCUCAUAAUAUAUAUAAGGACCACAACCCAAGAAAGUUCAAUAUCGGAGCUCUC